AUGCUUGUCUUAAGAGGACUAACCCACAAAGGCACCAUCUAUGGCCUUGGAAGUGUUCAGUACAAGAACGACACGUCUUCUGUUCCAGUUCAGGUCACACUGCAGCGCAACUUGGACAUGGAGAUGCGCCUAUGUGGUGUGGAGACAACCGUUGCUGAAGUCAAGGCUGAUAUUUGUGGUUUGAAGACUGAGUUCAAGGAGGAGAUGUCGGCAGCAAGAGCAAGUAUGGACAUGAUUCUGCAAGUUCUCCUAUCUCAAGGUCUCCAGCCUCAAGUUUCUGUUCCUACUGCCUCAACUACACAACCAAGUCAACCUCAAGCUCAGCGUCAGCCUCAGCCUCAAGCUUCCAUUCCUACUGCCUCAACUGCACAACCAAGUCUGCUUCAGCCUCAAGCUCAAGGUCAGUCUCAUCCUCAGCCACAACAUCUCACCACUGAUAACCAAGCAGACUUAGAUAGGUGGUGCCAAAGAGAACUUGGUAUGUAA